AUGGCGGAUCCGGGCUCGAGCGAGGCGCAAGGCGAGGCGGGUUUGAAGGAGCGCGGCAACGCGGAGUUUAAGGCGAAGAACUUCCUCAAGGCGGCGGCGCUCUACACGCAGGCCAUUAAAGAGGCGCCUGACAACCACGCGCUCUACAGCAAUCGGUCGGCGGCGUUCCUGCAGCUGUCGAAGCUCACCAAGGCGCUGGCGGACGCGGAGGCCGCCAUCCGCCUCAACCCCGCGUGGGAGAAGGGCUACUACCGCAAGGGCUGUGCGUUGGAGGCCAUGAAGCGCUACGACGAGUUGGGUGCUGCCGGGGUGACGAGUAUGUGUGUGGUGGCAUGCUGCCGUGCUGUGCUGCACUGUCCUGCCGUGCUGCGCGGUGGCAGGCGUUGGAGGCGUUCAGGGAGGCGGCGGAGAGGAGCCCCGGCAGUGCGGAGACGGCGGGCAAGCUGCGCCUGCUCUCCAAGCUGGCGCGCGACCACAAGCGAUCGCACCCCUCCUCGUGACCCGCGCCCUCCGUGCCGUCAUGGCACGUCCUGUGUAGUGUAA